AGUAAGAUGUUUGAUUUAUUGUAUUAGUGUUUAGGUUCCCAGGAUAUUAAGAUCAAAACAAACAAUAAGAAAAUGGACUUCAUAUUGCUGAUUUAGAGGAGGGUAUCACAGAAGAAUAAUUAUAUGUGGAAUUUAGAAAGUUUGGAUAAAUAAGCUUUGUAAAAUUACAUAGGUAUGAAUAUGUAAUCUUAAAAUAGAUAUCCUUUAAUUGGAAAGUCUAAACAUUAUGCUUUCAUAUAUUUCUCAUCUCAAGAAGAGGCUCGUAAAGCAAAAGAAGCAAUGAAUUAUAAGUAACUUUUAAGAGAGCCAAUGCGUAUCACUUACAUUUAAGAAUAUGAGAAGGAUGCUAACUUAUUCUUUGCAGGCUUCGAAUUGACUACAACAUUAAAAUAACUUGAAGAAUUCUUCUUAAAAUGGGGUCAAGUUGUUAGUGUGAAGUUGUCUAUUGAUGAGAAUAAAAAGAGUAGAGGUAUAUUUUCAUAUUUAAAUUUAGGUUAUGGAUGGGUAUAAUAUGAAAAGAAGGAAUAAGCUAAUGCAUUGUUAGCUGAUAGUACAGAUGGUACUAUCAUGUAUAACGAGAAAAAACCGAUUAUAGUUAAGAGAUUUGUUAAGAAAGGAUAAUCAGAUAGAGAAGAUAAACGUAAUAACCUUUACAUUAAGAAUUUCUGGCCAUCACUUGAUACUUAUGAUUUAGAUAAUGCAGAAGUUCGUGAAUCAUUAGUAAAAUUAAGGUUUUACAUUUUAGGAAAAAGAAAUGAGAACUAAAUUAGAUGAAUGGUUUAAUGGUUUUGGAUAAAUUGUAUCAAUCUUAGUUAAAAUUGAUAUUGAAAGAAAAGCUCCAUUUGCAUUUGUUAGUUUCAAUAGACAUUAAGAUGCUAAAGAAGCAUAAAGAACAUUGGGUACUAAUUAAAAGAAGGAUCCAUUGAGUACUGGUAGAAUGAUGUAUGUUGGAUGGGCAUAGACUAAGACAGAUAGAAAAUAAUAAAGAGACAAUAAUAUAUUUGCUAAAUAUAUUUAUGCUGAUCAUCUCUCAAGAAAUGUCACUGAAGAAAUGAUCAGAACUACUCUCAACGAAUGUGGAUAUGGUGAUAUUCAAAUGGUAAUCUUAUUAUUUCAUAAUUUUAGAUUAGAUUAGAAAAAAUGUAAUAAGGUUUCCAAUAAAUUAUAAGGAUUGGAUAUAUUGUUUUUGAAUAAGCUUCAGAUGCAAAUAAAUUGAUUAAGAAUUUUAAAAGCAAUGAAAAAUUUGAAGAAAUUAAAAAACUCUUUGAUCCAAAUGUUGAAACAGCAGGUGGCAAAUACUUUUAACAUCUCUUUCCACAAUAAUCAUAAUAAAGAGGAUAAAGAAGAAAUAAUUAAAGAUAAUCACCUAAUAGAAGAAUGAAUGCUAUGCCAUAAGGACCUAUGCCAUUUGGUUAAAGAAUGCCUUUUCCUCCAUAUUAAAUGUAAUAGAGAAUGUAAGGUGGUCCUGGAGGAAUGAGAAGACCAUUCUAAUAAUAAAUUCCAGGAUUUCCAUAACCUAUUAGACCAAAUAUUCCUCCUCCUGUUUAAUAACCUGAUUUCUAAUAAUAAGCUCCUGCUCAAAUUGUUCCUUUCAAUAAAAGAUAAGAUUUAGUAGAUUUGAUGGCUAAUUUAGAAGCUUUCAAAGCUAAACCUUAAGAAGAUUAACUCAGAUAAAUUUAGUAAUAUAUUAUGAUUAUAAUUUUAGACAAAUGCUUUAUUAUAGAAUUAAGGCUAGACUUAAUACUGAUACAGAAGCACAUUGGAAGAGAAUAAGUGAAAUUUUAUCAGAUCCAACAAAUUACUCAAUUGAUGAAAUUAUUGAUAUGUUUAAAGAAGAAGAAUAAUUCAACUCAUUUGUAGAUGAAGCAAUAGAAUAAUUAAAAGAAGCAUCAAGUUGGUGA